UAGUUUACGCGCAGAAGGAAAGAGAAGAAGUCGAAGGAUGGCUGCUCCAAAAGGAAAAGGUUUUAUGGGUCAUGGACCGAAUACCAUCGACCAGAAGUUUGCUGAAAGACUAUUUAAACAUAGUCGUGAAAGAGUUCCAGAGUAUUCACGGCUUCAUCCUGUUGUUCCACGCUUGUACACACAAGAAUGGAAGACUGACAUGAAAAAUAGAGAUCUUAUUGUCAAGAAUGCAGAGCUAGGAGGUAUUCCUCAUUAUGAACAUGAUGAGAAUCUAUUUCUGGACAAGCGGGAACAAAUGCAUUACAAUGUGGAGGAUCGCACUAGGGUCGAAUCCAAGUAUCCCCAUAUGGAUAGAGUCACACUUCUCCGGCCAAACUUCCAUCACGAGACCUCCAAAUACCAGAGCGAACUGAUGUUCCGCAGAGAUGAAGAUUACGUGGAAACUUCGUAAAUGAUCUGCCGAUUCACAAUAUUGUUCGAUUUUUCAAUUGUAUACACAUUUAUUGAGAGCCACUUAUUUUAUUUAUUAAUUUUGUUUUAAUUGUAAAUAUUAGAUGCAUCAUGAGUAAAAUUUUAUUUAGUAGAAAUUUUAUUUUUUGCCAAUGCUGGGUUUUGGUGCUUGUCUAGUCUUAGAAUCUACACAGCCACCCAAAAAUGUGAAGCUGGUGUCGAUAUAACAAUCAUAUCAGUUUAGAGUAUUAAAACUAACAGUAGGGUAACUGUAAAAAUAAUAUGGUUUGAAUCAUGUUUGCUUACAAUCAGUUAUUGCUUAGACUUUGAUGGUACGUUUCACAAGUUUAUGUCUUGCAUUUCAGUAUUAGUUGUUAUCAUUUAUUUAAUGACAAAAAUAGUAGCCUAUAUCAGUAUUCCAUUGUUAUUUUGAAGUGCUCAAUAUAAUUUUUUUUUUCACUAAUUUUUAUGGAAAAUGGAUUGUUGCAGUAACUUUAAGUUUUAAUAAAUAUAAAAUAUUUCAACAAACUAUUUUGUAUAUCUACAUGUAGAAUGUUUAUGUUUGUUUUUGCUGUGAUAUUGUUUAACAUAUAUAUGUUUACAUAUGUUUUAAGUUCAGUAUUACUGUUCAAUUUUUACAGAGCUUUUAUUUCUAUUGCUGUGUAUUGUCAAACUAAUUUUUAAGUUUAAGUUUAAAGCUUGAUUGGUGUCUAAUAUUUUGGAGAAGAAAAUUCUUUUACUUGUUUUUUAACAAACAGCCUGUUUGGAACAUACUAUAUAUGUUUGGCUUUAUAUGGAGAAAUUUUCUAAUUCGUAAAAUAGAAUACCCGGUAAUUUUUCUACAGUUCUCUUAACUUUUUAAAACUUUUAAAAUUCAAUAUGCUGAAAAUAUUUGUGUUUGUUUGAAACAAGCCAAGAGAGCAAACAGGCAUCUCACAAACUGUCUUUCAAUUUUUGGAUUUUCGGGUUUUAUAGACUCUUUUCCCUUUCAUUUUAACCGAUUUCUAUUUUUGAUAUGUUUUGAUCCUUUUCUUAGAUACGUUCAUUUGUUACGUCAUCUCUCGUAUACAAGUGCUCAAUGGCAAUAAAUGUUUAAGCACAAAAAAUA